AUGGCCCCGGGUGCCCUCUCCAUCGACGGGGAGUUUAGUAAGGAAGAGGUGACCGCCGCCGUCACUUUUAAUGAGGCUGCGGGCUGGCAACUGAAGCCUGGCCGUGACGACAAGGGUGCAGGCGCCGUGUCUUCGUUGCGUGGCCCGGUCCGGCCAGGACAUUACGGUCAAGUACCCGUGUGUACGGGCCACUGGGAAGGAGAUUUGCGUUGGGUGUUCGGUGGAAGGCAAGAGUUGCCACCCAGUGAGUCUCAGACCCGUCUCCGAUUGUUCGCCGUUAUACUGACUGUCUCUUGCCAGAUCCCAAGCGACUUGCGCGGGCUGUGUCAGCUCGUCUGGAACUCUCAACAAGACCUGCGAUCGAAGUACGAUGCAUAUAAGAACCAAAGCGGAACCAUAACCAGCGAAGUUAAGGCGAAAGAGCUCGCUCUGCUCUACGCCAAGAUUCUACUGGCGUCGGACACGCUUCGGCGUGCCACCGGCGUCUCGUCGGCUUCCUCCCCAAAGGUAAAGGAUAGAGUUAUUUAUAAGGCGGUCGAGCCCGCCGUCCCCGACGUCGUGAUAAAUAACAGACUACUUCGCUUACAAUGCCUCCUUACGUUGUCGUCAACCAGUCUUAACCUGUUCUCAGACGAGUAUAAGUCGGAGGUCAAGGACCUCCUCAAACAAACUCGCCUCGUCAGCAAGUCCACUCCUACCCAAGAGUGGACCGACGCAGGAAGAGCUCUUGCUCGCCUCAAGAAUAACAGUGCUCCGUGCGAUAAUUCGCGGCGGUUCGUGCAGGAGUUUAUGAACGGCACCUUCGGCGUCUACGACGCUACGAAGGCGGUUAAACGACUGGUCGCAGUUCAUGACCACAUCGAAACCGGCCCUGCGUCUGUCCUUCAGUUCCCCGCUCCUCCCAUUCCCAGUGGGAAGGGGACUCGGGCCGCUCGGCCCGGUCAGGCUGCGCCGUCCCGUCGUAAGUCUUAG